AUGUCUGAUGAAGAACGGUACUACUCAGACGACGCUGCUACGACAGUGCGUGCAGUUGAUUCUGCUGCUGCUGCUACUGCUGCUGCUGCUGCUACGCCUGACGAGGAAACGUUGAAUGAGUCUCCUCCACUACCCUCAAGAGAACCAAUUCAGUCAUGGUUACACAUAGAUGAAGAAACAAUAACGUCCGAUAUUGAUCCCAAUACAGUGUCCAAAUUGGAUGAAAUACUGCACUCAUAUAACAAGUCUUCAUCCAAUUACCUCCUUCAAUCGAAACACAAGGUCUUAUCGAUCAAGUUUCACGAUAAGACUAGCAACACACAACAAUCAAUUGAGUCAGGGGCACAAGACAUUCGAAGAACUUUCCGUCAAAUUAAAAAUGCAGUAAGCGUGGCCGGUACACCAUACAACAUCGACUGGGACUUUUGGACAUCUGUGGUUGAAAAUUACGAUGAAAUUGUGGAAACGAAUCCUGAUCAAGUCAACAAUGCAAUAAAUCAAGGAAUACCCAACGAAAUUAGAGGCAUCAUUUGGCAGAUCAUCACCAAAUCCAAAGACUCAAACUUGGAGGAUUUCUACCAUUCAUUGAAAGUCGAACCUUCGAUUCAUGAAAAGGCAAUAAAGCGGGACCUCACGAGAACAAGCUUCUACACAAACAUUGAUGAAUUUGACAAAACAGACGCAUUGUUUAACGUAAUCAAGGCUUACUCCUUGUAUGAUCCUGAUGUGGGGUACACUCAAGGGAUGAUUUUCAUUGCCGUGCCAUUAAUUAUGAAUAUGUCUGAAAGUGAGUGCUUUUGCCUACUAGUCAUGCUCAUGAAGGAGUAUCAAUUGAGAGAUUUGUUUUGUCCAGGAAUGAAGCGUUUGCAUUUGCUAUUGUAUGAAUUUGACUGCUUAUUGGCCAAGUACUCCCCUGUUUUGUACAAUCACUUGGUUAAACAGGGGAUCAAGGCGUCAAUGUAUGCAAGCCAAUGGUUUCUCACGUUUUUUGCGUACAAGUUCCCACUUAAUAUCGUAUUGAGGAUAUACGACAGCAUAAUCACUCAGGGUAUGGAGUCGAUAUUAAAGUUUGCUGUAAACUUGAUGAUUCAGAAUGAAGAUAAUUUGUUGAGCUUGCACUUUGACAAGUUGUUGCAGUUUCUUAAAGACAAGUUGUUUAAUGUCUAUGUGAGUCCCGAGUUUAUUGACAUUGAGGAAGAUGCAAAGUCAACCAAGCUCAAACACUUUCUCACCAGACGCAAGUCGUCUCAUGCACCACUUACCCAUAUCGGUGCCUCUUCGUACUACAGGUUGGAUGAUUUAGUGCACGAUUCAAUGAGGAUCAAUAUUGAUCCAGUAGAGCUUGCCAGAUUUGAGCUACAAUUUAACAAGUACUAUGAAGCCGAAAAGUUGAAGUUGAAGGACAUUAAUCACUUGAACAGUGAAAAUGGCAAACUUCGCAAGACGCUAAAGAGUUUGGAGUUUCAAUACUCGAAUUUGAAUCGUGACCACGUUGAUAUUGUGCAGAAGAUGGUUGAUUUGAAAGUGACUUUGCCGGAAAUCGUCAAUGAAAUUCAAGAGUUGCAAGAGUCUAUCGGUAAACUAAAAGACGAUAUAACUAGAGUUGAAUCAAAAAUGGGGGAAGAAUCGACAAAAGACAUUCUUCCUGGCUCCAUUGAAGAUCAAAUUCAAAAGUUGUUGCAAAUCAACCAAAAGGAGGUGGAAACAGCAGCUAAUUUGGAGGACGAGUUAGCCACAUUGGUUGAGCAAGAUCGCGAAUUGGACCAACAGGUGAAGAAACUGCAUGGAGGUGGCACUUGGUUCAAGUGGAAUAAGUGA